AUGCGGCCCUGCCCUCCAGAUUCCAUACGCCGGUCCCUGCUGGCCCCCUGGUUACCAGCUAACGCGCACCACCAAAUUCCUCAGCUCAGCCACAGAGGGCUCCGCGUCUGCCAAGACCCGCUACCUGUGUUUGACAACUAUUCUGCCAAUGUGAUGGUGGAUGGGAAGCCCGUCAAUUUGGGUCUGUGGGAUACAGCAGGACAAGAGGAUUACCAUACGCUGCGGUCAUUGUCUUAUCCACGAACACAUGUCUUCCUAAUCUGCUUUUCACUAGUGAACCCAGCAUCUUUCGAGAACGUUAGAGGGAAGUGGUAUCCAGAAGUAAGACAUCACUGUCCACCCACCCCCAUUAUUCUUGUGGGAACAAAACUGGAUCUUAGGGAAUACAAAGACACAAUUGGAAAACUAAAAGACAAGAGGUUAGCACCAAUUACAUACCCACAGCGACUAGCUAUGGCAAAGGAGAUUGGUGCAGUGAAGUACCCUGAGUGCAGUGCUCUCACUCAGAAGGGACUCAAAACAGUUUUUGAUGAGGCAAUCCCAGCGGUAUUAUGCCCAGUGCUGCAAAUUACACCGAAAAGGAAAUGUAUGCUUAUAUAA